CCCUUCACCGUUUUGAAAACUUUUCCUUCCGAGAAAAUCAAGAAAAUGGAUACAUCUGGUGAGAACUAGCUUAAACCUUUCACCUUUGCAAACAGAAUAAAACAAUGCGAAGAUUUUCUGCCAUGGCACUCUCGCUUAUACCCAAACACCGUUAUCUUUCACUCUCCUCGUAUCCAAACAUAUACCACUUUCACUCCAUUCCCAACAACGGCAACGACUACCAUAAUGACGAGAACAGCAACAACUUCUCGACCAGUUCUAAACCUGGGUUCGGCUUAGUUACCUUUAAAACCCCACAGCCCGACUUUGAACCCGACAACGAUCAUCAUGCCGAUGACUUUGCUUCGGAUGUCGAAAAGAUAUACAGAAUCCUCCGGAAAUUCCACACUCGAGUCCCAAAGCUAAACCUCGCUUUACAACAGUCGGGCGUCGUUUUCCGCCACGGUUUAACCGAACGAGUUUUGAACCGUUGUGGCGAUGCUGGUAAUUUGGGCUACAGAUUCUUCACUUGGGCAUCAAAACAACCCGGAUAUCACCCAAGCUAUGAAAUUUACAAAUCAAUGAUUAAGAUUUUAGGCAAAAUGAGACAAUUCGGUGCCGUUUGGGCGCUACUGGAAGAAAUCAGAAAUGAGAAUCCCCAUUUCAUAACGGCUGAAUUAUUUGUUGUUUUGAUAAGAAGGUUUGCUUCUUCACGAAUGGUUAAAAAGGCCAUUGAAGUGUUCGAUGAAAUGCCGAAGUAUGGUUGCCCGCAAGAUGAGGCCGUAUUUGGGGCAUUAUUAGAUGCUUUGUGUAAAAAUGGGAAUGCAAAAGAAGCGGCUUUAGUUUUUGAGGAGAUGAAGGUAAGAUUUAAGCCUAAUUUAAAAUAUUUUACUUCUUUGUUAUAUGGUUGGUGUAAAGAAGGGAAGAUUUUGGAAGCUAAACAUGUGUUGGUUCAAAUGAAAGAAGCUGGUUUGGAGCUGGAUAAUGUGGUUUAUAACAAUUUGUUAAGUGGAUAUGUUUUGGGAAACAAAAUGGGGGAUGCUUUUGAUUUGUUGAAAGAAAUGACGAUGAAAGGGAUUGGCCCGAAUGCUUGUUCAUAUACCAUUGUAAUUCAGGGGCUCUGUAAGGCUGAUAGAAUGGUAGAAGCAAUGAGGGUUUUUGAUGAAAUGGAGAAAAAUGGUUGUCAAGGGGAUGUUAUGGCUUAUACCACUUUGUUAAGUGGGUUUUGUAAGUGGGGGAAGCUUGAGAGAGCUUAUGAGCUUUUGGAUAGGAUGACAGCAAAAGGUCUUAUACCAAAUUCGUCUACCUUUUUGCAUAUUAUGGUGGCUCAUGAGAAGAAGGAAGAGUUAGAAAAGUGUUUGGAGUUGAUAGAGGAGAUGAGGAAGAUUGGUUGUGUUCCAGAUUCUGGUAUUUAUAAUGUGAUUAUUCGAUUAGCUUGUAAGUUAGAGGAAGUUAAAGAAGCUUUGCGUGUUUGGAAUGAGAUGGAAAGAAGUGGAUUUAGUCCCGGAGUUGAUAGUUUUAUUGUUAUGAUCCAUGGUUUUAUUGCACAAGGGUGCUUGGUUGAAGCCUGUGAGCAUUUUAAAGAAAUGGUUGGAAGUGGUCUAUUUUGUGUUCCUCAAUAUGGGGUUAUGAAGGAUUUGUUCAAUUCUUUGUUGAGAGCUGAGAAGCUUGAAAUGGCCAAGGAUGUUUGGAGUUGUAUUGUUGGUAAAGGUUGUGAACUUAAUGUGUCUGCAUGGACAAUAUGGAUUCACGCCCUUUUCUCAAAGGGCCAUGUGAAGGAGGCCUGUUCGUAUUGUCUGGAAAUGAUGGAUGCAGAUUUAAUGCCACAGCCGGAUACUUUUGCAAAGCUCAUGAGGGGUUUGAGGAAACUGUAUAACAGGCAGAUUGCAGCUGAGAUUACAGAGAAGGUGAGGAAAAUGGCUGAAGAUAGAGAGAUUACUUUUAAGAUGUAUAAACGGCGAGGGGAGAGGGACUUGAAAGAAAAAGCGAAGGAAAAAACAGAUGGUAGAAAGAGGAGGGCUCGUCGACGUCGGUGGGGUUCAGCCCGUAGUAGAUCCGACAUUUAGUAGCUUCAAUGAAAGGUUUUCAUUUGUCAAGUAGUGAACUCAAUCACAGAAUUAUUUCUUUAGAUUGCUUCUCUGACAGCAAUGAGAUUUGCAUUUUGUACAGAGUGGAGAAAGGGGAAGCCUCAAUAUUCUUUAAAAACAAUCAGCUUGUUCUGCAUGUAGAUGGAACCGGAAAGAACUCAAUGGUCACCACGUUUAGAUGUCAAGACUUUUUCCCCUUGCUCAUAUCACUUUUUGGAACCUGCAGUCCUAUUUACCCCACACGUUGAUUCCUCUUUGACCAUUUUGCUGAGCUCCUACAUUAAUUGUGUUCGUGAAACAGCUCAACAAGGAGGCUGUGGCUUUUCAAACUUCCUUUCUUCAUUCUCAUC